AUGCCGUACCCCUUCUUCAUUUGGGCGGCUUUGUUCUUCCUCCUCCCCGCCCUGGGCAUGGCCAUGGGCCUGCUGUGGGCGGCCAUGUUCCUCACCCUGGUCUUUGCAAUGGUGCUGGGACUCGCGGAGCUGGUCAAGGUGGUGGCUCGGAUGAUCCCAGUGCUUCGGGAAUUUGUCCCGGACGAUGAGGCACCCCAGGAGGCGUUGGCGCGCCGACUGGAAGCGGAAGAGCAAGCCGCCAGGAUUGCCGCUGAAAUCGAGGCCGAGAUUCAGGCCGCACGGCAAGAGGCGCAGAAGACUCUAGCACCCAGCUGCCCUGAAGAGGCACAAGCGCUGCAGGCUGAGGCGCAGGAAGAGCUGCAAGCUGCUCGAAGCCAUUUGGAAGCGGCAGAGGAAGCUGCGCGCGAGCAAAGCGGCGGCUGGAUGCAGGUGUGUGAGGCGCGAGAGCGGCUCAAGGAGGCGCACAGCCGCGCGCGCCACGCGGAGCUGCUGCUGCCGAAGCAAAGUCGAAGCCAGGUACGGGGAUGUCUGCCGGCAUGCCUCAGCCUUUGCUGCGAGCCAGGCACCUUCCCCGCGCCACUGCGUUGCAAAACCUGGCGCUGCUGCGGCGAAACGUGCUGCGCCGCUGAACACGCGGCAGAUGGUCGUGGUUUCUCUUGUGAGUAG